AACCAAGUUUCGGAAAGGUGCUUGUUUUGGAUUCAUUCUACGCCGAGGUUUCAAUUCUACCAUUUAUUUUUCAGUAAGUUAUUUUUUCACAUAAUAAACGAAGGUUUGGAUUUCAUGAAAUCUGAUAGUUCAAAAAAAAGUGGACUUAUGCCACUUCCAAAUUAUUUUCUGGUUACAUGCAAGUUAUUAUUUUUUGGAGUGAAAUGUUGAUAAACUUGAUUAUUGACAGCAAUAGAAGCAAGAAAAUAAGCUGGUGUCGGAUUAUUUAUUAUUCUUUAGAUAAAAAAAUCAUGGUACAGUAUUGCAAUCUAUGUUUAUAGAACAGAAGCAUAGCAGUCAAAGAAAAGUUGUAUGUUCGCUUUAUUAAACAGUAAUUUUUGUUUAUGUUGAUAGAUUGCUGGCAAUUCUAGAGAAAAAUUACUGUGAGGCACAAAAAAUGAAACAUAGAAUCAUUUCAAGCCACGCUUAGAAAAAAAAAAGAUUUCAUUAACUACACCUUACGAUUUGAUCUCUACAAAAUUUAUUUGAAAAAUAUAUCACAUGUCUCCCUAACAGUAACUUCUUCAACAGUGAUUUGAAUACCCAAUCAGAAAAAAAUGUAAAAACAGGUCAAUGUUAAGGCCAUGCAUUGAGGAACUUUCAUAUUUCAUAAAAUGAUGUGGCAUUCAUGUGAUUUUGCUCUAUCUCUAUAAUGUCUCAUUCACCCAAUAAAAUCAUUAUAUUAAUUGGACUAAUAAUUAACAUUAUUAAUGCUUGAGAAAGCUAUUGUAUAGUGAAACACUUGUCGCGGUUUUUCUAAAACCCUUUACAGUGAAAAUCAUACAAUGAACUGUAUAAAUGAGUUUCAAUAUAGAUAGGCCAGUUCUAUUCAAUUACUCUGUACUACUUCAUUAUUAGCAAUUAUUCUGGUAACUAAGUGAAGAAUGACAUUUAGUUUUUUUGAAGUUCAGUGCCGUCAGUGUUUUCUAUUUUUUCCCUUUAAACGUAAAAAAAUUAAUACAGAUAUGCAAAUUGGUUUUUAAUAGAAAGAUAAAUUCAUUGUUCAAGCCGCGAAAAAUUAACUGCUCAUUUUAUUCGAUGAGUUUCGAAUCAACGUCCAAAGUCAAGACCCAAAUUAUAUCUCGGGAGCCCCCUGAAAGAGAGGUGUCUUCGGUUGAGAUUUACUCGUCAAAUUCAGAUUCAGAAAUUACCUCGGACUCUUUUCAGAAGGAUAUUACAUUUUCCAAGAGCAGCAUUUUAAGUGAAGGCUGGUGUAGAAGUGUUCUGGGCAAACCUUGUGCGAAAGUAAGAAUUUAUUCACAAGAUUUUAACCCGUCGAAUCGUAAGGAAAAGAAACGAAAUGAUCAAGAAUCAUCAGCUUUGAAUCGCGCAACUUAUAUUACAGUUAAUAACUUCACUCUUAAGAAGCCUGAAAAUCAACAACGCUCAUUCAGACCUGAAAAUAUAUCGGAGCAAGUUAUCUUAACUGAAAAUCAAUCGAGGGAGAGUAGUGGAACUUUACCGGAUCGUAUUCAGUCUCCUGAAAAUUCAUUCAUCCAAAACCCAGAAUUUCAAUCUGCCCCAAACAAGAUUGAAAGUCGAUCAGUACCAAAUUCUUUCACAGAUAAUCAUUUGGGGGAACAGAGGGAAAUUUUGGAAAAACGGACUCUAUCUCCAGAAAACUCUGCUAUCUUAAAGCCAGAAAAUCGGCAACCCUCAUUCAACAUAGAAAAUUCAUUGCAGCAAGUUCCAUCAUCAGAUAAUCAAAGCGGGGAAAAUUCAAAAAACCAUAUUCUCUCCCCGGAAAAGUGUACUGUAAAAUUAUUGGAAAACCAAGAGCCAUCUACAACGGAAAGUUCAUUGAACCAAGUUCCUUAUUUGCCACAGAGUCAGUCUAGAGAAAGUGGUGAAACUUUAAAAAAGCAAGUUCCUUUUUCUGAAAAUUCUCAGGAAGGUGUUAUAAAUUAUUUAGAAAACGAAGUUUUUAUCAAUUCUAAUUCGAAUCGAAACCGUCUUCCUGUCAUUAACCAACCAGACGCAAAUAACAAAACGGAAACUCAGGACAUUGAAAUUGGUCUGGGAAAAACUCCUGCCAUUUCCAAAGAACGAGAUAAAAGUAUUCCCAUAUUAAAUUCUGAGGAGAGGCGAAUACCCAAGAAUCAACUUCGCAAGCUGAUUUGUUACUGUGACGAACAGUCUCAAACAACUCCUCCUUCCAUUCUAAAAAAGAAGGCAAUUUCAAAAAGCGAUCCCGUCUUUUUCAAUCGGAAGAAUAAGAAAACCUGGACGGGGAAAAUGGACAGAUAUCCUGAGAAGGAAUUUUCUCCUCAGUUAUCGAAAGAUUCGCAGAAAAUCAUUCUAACGAGCGACAAGGUGCAACAGACCUCGGACGACUUAUUACUUAACAUCGGAAAAAAUACGGCCAGUAAUACUGAUCGACUGGAAACUACAAAUACAAGUAUUAAUACGUUCAAUUCUGAGUCUGUUAGAGUGCAAACCGUUCAGAAUUCAUCCACGAGUGCUGAAGAAGAGUGCCAGGUGUGGCAUAGCGGCCUUUUGUGCAAAUGUUCACCUCCUAGGAUUGGUGCUUUUAGGCACGACGGUAGCCUCUCCUCUCCAAGUGUUUCGCCAAGAACGGUAGAGAGUUAUAGGUCUGGACAGACAACAGCUUCUAGGAAAUUCCCUGCGAAAUAUGUUGAUAUUCGUGAUACAUUAGAAGAAAGAGAAUACCGUUAUUGUGCAUCGCCUUAUAUAGAGUGUCCGACCUAUCCGUGCCAACAGGCUCUGAGAAACAAGAGUUCUAAACCAACGAAAAAUGAAAUAUAUCCGGUCCUGCCGAAGCCGCCCACCACGCCCAGCCAACGUAUGGUCAAAGUUGUUCCUUGUGACGGGAGUUGCAAGCGUUGUCCUAGAAAACCGGAAUCAUGUAACAGUUACCAACCAGUUCCAUUUCGUCCACCAGAAUACACAGCACACUACGAAACUUCCAGUUCUGAUGAGAGAAUCGAAGAUGAUGAAGAAGACUUUGAAGAGGAUGACAGCGAUGGUUACACAUCAGAGGGCAGCAGAAAACAUCCGGACCUGCCCUACCAGAACAACGAAGAAUAUUUGGAAUUGGUUCAGGAACUGGAAGAAACGCUCCAAAGCAGGAAUCGUAAUCGAGUGCAUCGAGCCAUGAAAGAGUUUGAAUAUAAGAGCAAGUAUAACAGACCUUUAGAGAGGCCAAUCAUAAACUACGGAGAAGCGAGCGAAAGCGAGGAACCCAUAAUGAGAAAAAUCUCGGAGUUGACGGAAAAACGUAGACUUUGUAAAGGGGACUGUUGUCCCUGCAGGAAGGGCGACCCUCAAAAUCGCCAGGCACCGCAACCGCCAAGGAUGAAACCCCAAACUGUGAAAACUUGGAAUAGUCCAAAACCGACUCUCAUGGAACAAACUCGUUGGCAAAUGGAUAAGAAUUCCGGAGAAUGGUUCAAAACUUGUCAAAAUUUGCCGAAACACGCUGUGCCUCCUGGAUCACUUAGUCCCAAAAGGGAGCCCUGCUGCGGAUGCUCAUGUUCUUGUGGAAAAUGAUAUCAGUAAAUGCAGACUCUGUAGAAUCAUUCCAUUCUCUAAGGCAGUCAAUAGAAACUUUUUUCAUUCUGA